AUGGCUGGCGGGCGCGACUGGGAGCAGCGCCUUGACGGCCGGUUGUGCAGACGUCUCACUUCGCCAUCGUCGACCGCAGAGCAUCGAAGCUCCCACCCAAGGCGAAAACCCCAAGCCCGAAUGGACUCAUCAUCGACGUGUUCAUCUGUUUCCGCUGAUUCUUGCUGUAGCCCAGCCUCGGCCUGCCUUUGGCAGACUCCUGGUUGCACGAGUCGACCGGGCCGCAGGAAAUACAUACGGCCCAUGCCUCGAUUCCUAACAAGUCUCAUUACUACUCCCUCUGGAUUCCUCGCCAUCAUACUUCUCCUAUCCCUCGCCUGCCGUCCUGCUUCGGCCGUCCAAAUCAAGUACACCAACUGUCUGCCCGAUUCGGUACAAUCACAACAACCGCCGUUUUUGCAAUGGGUUCCAGUCGAAGCCCACGCCAAGUUUGACACCCAAAAUGACGCCCACAACUUCCAGUUCAUUGUCUGGGGAAAUGUCACGGGCUCAGUGAACAAGCAGAUGCUGCCGCCGCCGACUAGUCCCGAUUGGACCAACGAUAAUAAGACCGACGGCAAGAUUGUCAACUCGGAAAACGAUGAAAACGGCACCACGGUCAAGAGCUCUAUUGGCAUGCUCACCUACACGCCUUGGAGUAGUAGAAGAUUCUUUUGUGAGCAGGCGCUGGUUGGGGGGCAUUGUCCGUUGGCUCCGGUAUUUAAUACCACGGGCAAAGUGACCCUGGCUGAUCUGCCAUCGAUGAACAUCACAAACGACAUGCGCUCAUCAUAUCAACUUGCUUCCUUUGCGACCACCAUGUUGAUCAUCUUUGGUAACCAACGGGGUGACAACAUUGGUUGUAUUUCCGCCACCAUCACUCCGGAUCUCGGGAAUCUCUCAUGGGUACUUAAGAUCAUGCCCUUGAUUGUCCUUAUAUUUUGUGGCUUCGCUGUCGUGUUUGCUGCCAUCUUCAGCCCAUGGGGAAGCUCCAACAUUUUCCAUUGGACGUCCAACUAUGGCCGGGACGCCGACCUGCUCCGACUCGUCACACCCGGUUUCGGAGAUUGUUUGCAAUAUAUUCAAUUUAUAGCCCUGUCUGGCGCACUGUCUCUGAGCUAUCCUGGUUUCUUUCAGCCCGUCGUGAGCCAGGUUGGGUGGUCUGCACUCAUGUUCAACGAAAGCUUUGUUACGCACACCCCUGGCUGGCAGAGCGUCCGCGAUGGCAUCUACAUCACUGACCCUCAGGAUGGCUACGGCCUACAUGCCCUUGGCCAGUUGGUUGGCAUGUCUGAGAGUGCCGACAUCUGGGCGGGCCUGAUGGUCUGGCUCUGCGUUAUUAUUGCAGCAGUCUUCGUCCUCACCCAAGCCGGAUUCCUUGUUCAGUGGCUGUAUCGAAAGAUCCAAAACAUCCCAGAGGAGGAUCUCCGUGCAAAAAACAUUCCCUUCAGCAUCGGAAAUGUGAUUCGAAUCGUCUUUAACUUUUUGCUGAUGCCGGUUGUUGCCCUGUCGUGUUUUCAACUGGUUGUUGCGCACGAAUCGCCCGCAUUCACCGUUGUCUUGGCUGCCGUCACCAUAGCUGUGCUAUUGGCCUUUGCUUGCUAUAUCCUCCUACUCAUUAUUCGGACAAAACCAAAAUCAGUCCUGUUUGACGACUUGCCUACCGUCUUGCGAUAUGGACCAUUGUAUAACACAUACUCUGACGAAGCUGCCGCUUUUGCCCUGAUUCCGGUUUUGCUCAACUUUGUUCGGGGCGUGGCUAUUGGAGCCGUGCAACCCAGUGGCAUUUCCCAAGUCGUCUUGCUAGCCAUUUGCGAAGUCAUUCAAAUGUUCACCAUUCACGCGUUUCGGCCUUUCCAGUCAUCUACGUCAAUGAACGCCUAUCAUACGUUGUUUGCCAUCCUCCGGCUCGCGUGUGUUCUUUUGAUGGUCGCCUUUGCCCCCAGUCUUGGUGUUACAGAGGGACCCAAAGGGUGGAUUGGAUAUGCUAUCCUACUCAUUCACGGCAGUGUUCUUUUCUUUGGGUUCUUCUUGAGUGCGUUGUCAACAAUAGUCGAAGUUGUAGCACGUUUGUUGGGCGCUGGAGGAGACAACAUCACUGGCCUGACUAGGGGGGGCCUGUCCAAGAUUUUCGGUAUGCGCCAACUGUCACGACGUGAAACGCACCGAACCGCUCCCUCGAGAGCCAGUCAGCUGUCGUCCAUGGCAAUGCUGCAUGCUGAAGAGGGUACCAGCAGGACUGGCUACUCCGUACCAGGUGGCCGCCUUCGAAGUGCUUCGGGGGCUAGCUAUGGCGGUAUCGCCGCACAUAACCAGCGGAGUAGUUCGGUUCUUGAUAGCGCUGACAUGUGGUCGGCCGGUCACCGCCACGUCGAUACAAACAGUUCCUACAUUCCCGGAACCCCGGGGGAGACGAGCACCUUUUCCUUUGUCGCAUCGCCCACAGUUGGUCGUCCGAUACUUGCUGGCGGUCAUAUGGAGCCAUCCGAUCCCUACUAUCGACCGCCACGCCGAACAGCAAACAACAACGCGAACCUGCGAGACUCGACACACUCGGAUACACCGACCUCCAAUGCUUUGGGACUCGACCCCAAACAAGCCGCUCUCACUCCGGCCACUGUAGGGGAGAGUGGAGACGUCUCUGGCGAGGACACUACUCGCGCAGCAACACCUGCUCCUCCUGGUGCCGGGGGCGGUAUCAUGAACUUGCCUGCGAACCGCCCGGACUACGCCACACGUGAAGUUGACUUUUAUUACGGUGUGCGUGGCCCGGCAUUGAACUCGGACAACCCCGGGCGACGACUUGGAACUGGUCCAGCCGAUCCUACCGGUCCAGUGGCUACUGCAACUGGCUGGUUCAGAACACUGUUCGGCGGCAAGAGCAAGGAAAAGGGGAAGGGAUUCGAAGUUGUCCGAAGCUCUAGAAUGCCCCCAGACAUGGUACGGAAUGGGGGUUUUGGAGACGAGACUCCCCCCGAAGGCAUCCCUGUUGCCAUGGGUGUGUUGAGAAACGGACCGAUCGAUUCAGACGAUGAAGGCGAUCCUCCUGUGAAGCGUCCUCCCAGGUCUCCCCAGCGAAGUCCAGGAGACCUGCUCACGGAUGAUGGCACUCCGCGUGGUUCCGACUCAGAUUCCGAUAAUGAUGAGGAAGAGGAAGAUAUCGAUCACUCGAAAUUGCCGAGAGGUUCUAAACAAGGUGAACUGCUCGGACUGAGCCUGCCAGAAAUUCCACGCAAAAGUUCUAAGAGAAUCUCAGGCUUAGUGGAUGACCGGCACCUACCGGUACUGUCUGCGAUAAGUUCAAGCUCUCCAGCGCCAUCCGACCAUGCGUCUCAUGAUGGGGGACCGUCUGCCAGGGGCCAUAGACAAACCUUGUCGGCGUCAUCGGCCUUGCCAUUCGAACGGACCUCGUCGCGGCAGCAACGCCUCUCUUCCAAAUCUUCCUCAGAGUUUCCCGGCGAGCUGUCAGAUAUCGACCUGCAAGGCAGCAGGCAAGACGAAAAACACGCUAGUUAUGGCAGGGUUCAACAACAUGAGAUCAAUCGUGUCGACCCCCCUCAACUGCCGCCGCUGGACCUCUUGGGUAGUUCUGCGGAGCUCGUGGACGAUUUUGGCAGCCUUGGGCGCAAAAAAUCACGUCACUCGUGA